UUGGUUUAACAAUGCUCACUUAUUUUUUGAGGUUUUUUAAGGAUUUUGAAAUUUCAGCUUUUAGCUGAAAUUUCAGCUUUUAGCUUAGGAAAAAGGUCAUUUUUGCCUGCACCACAAUGAGGAUGUGCUCGCUGGACACUUGCCCUCCUGCCUGGCUGCAGGCGGAGGGGGGGCUUUUUAGGGUUAAAAAGGGGAAAUUUUUGCACCUUGUUCCCCAGGAUUUCCUCAUUAGAAGCCAGAGGAGUCCAGACGCCAGCAUGGUGAUGGAGGAUGGCAUCCCAGGCACCUGGCUGAAGAUGGGGCAUGUCCUGGGAGAGUAGCUGCGUCUUGCUACAUCCUGCUGCUGGAGUCCUGCACCGCUGGGAGACAAUGAGUGGAAAUGAGGACGACUGGCUGGCUCUCAAACCCCAGGAACCUUCUCCAUCCCAGUGCUGUGGCAGCGGCUGCAAACCCUGCAUCUAUGAUGUGUACGAGAAGGAGCUUGCACAAUGGGAAAGGGCCAAAGCAAAGCAAGACAAAAGCUUCCUCAUGGAAAAAAAGGAGCAGGUCAAUUUAUCACAUCCUAGAGCUUUGAUUAGCAAUAAUUCAGAACUGAAUCCAGAUACAUUUACUGCAUUCAACAUAAGCUCGGUGGAGCAGCUAACAGAGGACACCUACCAGUACAAAUUUGAAUUACCGGGAAAUAGCAGCCUGCGAUUGAGUUUAGGACAACAUAUCGUGUUAAGAGGAGUGGUGAAUGGUUUGGAGGUCCAGCGAGCCUACACUCCGAUUAGCCCAGGGAAUGCAGAAGGUUACUUUGAAGUUUUAAUUAAAUGCUAUGAAGCUGGGCUAAUGUCACGAUACAUAAAAACGUGGAAAAAAGGAGACACAGUCUUUUGGCGUGGGCCAUUCGGAGGGUUCCCAUAUCAACCUAAUAAGCACGGAGAACUCCUCAUGCUGGCAUCUGGUACCGGCCUCGCACCGAUGCUUCCCAUCCUCCAGUCCAUAACAGAUGAUGAAGAGGAUGAAACCUUUGUAACUCUUGUUGGCUGCUUCCGUACCUUUGACAAAAUUUAUUUGAAAUCUCUUCUCCAGGAUCUGGCUCGAUAUUGGAACAUCAGAAUAUUUUAUGUCCUAAGCCAGGAAACUUCACUAGAAAAACUUCCUUGGAGCUAUCAGGAAAACACAUACAUUGGUCGUCUAAAUGAAGAUUUGACGAAGACUAUAAUAAAUUCCUGUCGAAGAAAGCCAUUUGUAUUAAUCUGUGGCUCUUCUACAUUCAAUGAAGAUAUGAGUAGAUAUUUGAAAGCUGCAGGAAUCAAAGAAAAUUCCUGUUUUGUCUUUUAGCAGGAUAUUCCUGACCUAAGGAACCUUAAGCUGAGCCUUGGUCAUCCUUGUUUUUCUGCAAACAUUGCUCAAAAUCAGUCAUCUCGAUAGACCGAGUUCCUUGUGCAUAUACUUUCAUAGGCCUUUGGAUCAAAUAUUUGUCUCCAGUAUGAUUCUCACUCUUGAGUGUGUUUAAAGGAUUAGGUGCCAUUCUGGAGUGGUUGCUACAAUCACCCACACCUCAGGGAACAGCAUGUUGAUGUUAAUGGGAGUCUUUACGUGCAAUUUCAAGAGGCAGAUCUCCUAAGGGUACUGAAAAGCAUCCAAGCACACAGGUCUGCUGUGACACAAAGACGAGUGACUUGCUUUGCAGUCCGUUAGUCUGCAGUGGUAUUGUGUCCUGUGAGAUAUCCGGAGGAGGGAUUUAAUCCUCAGGAAGAAGACCGCCUGGCCAAGGGAACAGCGGAGUGCUGGCCUGGCAUUCUGGAGUCUGUGUGGUUCAUUUCAGUUGUGUCAUUAUGUGACUGGGUGGUGCCAAAUGAGUCACUUCAGCCUCUCCAUGCCCCAGUUGCCCUGUCAGACACUAAUCCAGAGGAAAUGGUACCGAUCUCUGGAAAGAACCUUUCCAGCCAUGUAGGGAAAAGGCUGUACAUGAGGGUGGAAUUCUGUGAGGACUUAGGUUGCCCUUCUGCCCGCCCUGAUCCUCAACUGUUGAAAUGUUGCCAGGGGAGAGAAAGAACAUGUCCUAAAAUUCUGUGUGGGAAAGCAUCUGGGUUGUAGCUGCUGUCAGGGCAAAUGAUUGUUUGCUUUCCAUGUCCCCUAAGAGUUGUAUAAUAGCCCUAGUUCAUUAAAUUGAACUUCUUUUCAAAGAAA